AAAAUAAAGUGGAUAUGUUUCCUAAUUAGGAAAUCAAGUAAACAAAUCAAAUGUUUGGUUACUGUUUGGUUAGAACAACUGCACGUCUUUCAUCCUUAUUGGACAAUACACAUUGGCAUUCUUCAUUUCUAGUCUUUCUACGCGAUAGCCAUAGUCACUUUUAAUAGUCUUAUCUUUGAAGCAAGGACCUUUUUUUUGGAACCGUAUUUCUAUGAAUUAAGUAUCACGAUAGUAUCGUCCCCUUAGCCCAGCCUAGGCUUUUUGUGUUUUGACGACGACAACCUCCCCGGAGCUUGGAAUUGCUGCUAGCUUCUUAUCGCUACCGAUGAAUCUGAACUAACUAGCAUCAUUCAACAAAGCAUCCAUAACAUAAUUCAGCAUCCAUACUUAUACUUGCUUAGUAAUAUUUCUAUAGUUUUCCUCCUCCAUGUCACUCAACGAGUUCAAGGUCCCGGAUAAACCAAGACCCAGGUCAGACAAAUCGGGAGAGACAUCAUCACAGCCCUGGACCGCGGCGCGUUGCCAACGCUUGCUCCGGCCGUUGCUCUCGCGGAUCGCUUCCCUGAGGAAAGACGCUGCAACAUCGCAACUAAGCGCUAGGGACGAUGAGCUUGAGCAGAAAGGAAGGGUUGCUGCGGCUGAGCAGCAGCCAAAUGCUAAUUGCGAGUGGUUAAGACCGCGCAAGAGGGUCCGCCUUACAUACUCUCAGAGGCGACCUACCAAUCAGGAUGGGCAAUCUAUGCUCAGCAAGGACCCAAAGGGAACGAGUACGACCAAAAACAUUCAACGGGGCGAGGGGAGAACUAUAAUUCCCGGCGAGAUAGUACCGGCUACUCCCGUAUUGAGACGGGCACGGGGCUAUGUUGUUCCAUCUCCUUCUGCAGCGUCCGGGCAAUCCAAGCGGGAGCAGGCUGAACAGCCCGCAGUAGGUUGCAGACGGGAUCAGUAUAAGGACCUUGAGAAACGUCUCGCAAGCUUACGGGCCCAGUCAACUUCGAACAAGCACAAUGACCUAGAGUCGAUUUAUAAAAGCCUGAAAGCGCUUUUAAAAGCAACGCGACAUACGACUAGCCGGGGACGAGGGCCGCGCUCAUUCCUCGAUAUGUGCUUACGAAAAGUGCCCUCGUAUAUUGAGGAGCUCGAGGCCUGGGAAAGGAAAGAAGCCGAGCAGAGCGGGAGUAUAUCUACACUGGACGACGUCGACACUUCUGCGGAGAUAUAUAAUUACCUGGAAUCGAUUGGAACAAACCAGAUCCGUGGAUGGAAACACCUCAGGAUAGUGGUUCGAGCAGAUGGGAUUAAUGCGGUGAAGCAAGGCGUUUUGGAGGGGCUAUUCGGUGAUGACUUCUCGCAACUACUCAUUGAUCUAUGUAUCCGAAUUGGUGCGUUGUCAGAGGCCGAAGAGCUCGUCGCGGCGUUAUCCGAUCGCCAGUACCCCUCGCCGACUGCGGCAGGUAGUUCCUUUGCUGAACUUGGAUGCUUCCGGCCCCUCUUGAUACUCUGGAAUUUUUCUAAUAAGCAUGGUCAUACUUCAUUUCUGCUCCGGCACUACUCGCUGUUGCUAUCUAACGGCAGUCUCCCCAAAGAUUGGCUUGCGACGCAGGAGUUUGAGCGUGUGUGGGCAUUAGCUGCUCGGCACUUGUCCGUGGUGGAGGCAGCUGACGACGCCGUGGCAUUCAUGAACUAUUCCGUUUCGUUGCUGUGUCGUCGAAGACGAACCCUUGCAGGCGGAAACGACGCAACUCGUUCUGAAAAAGAAAUUCACGUGGCCAAUAAACAGACACUGAUUAGUGCUUUAACAAUGCUAGCCGCGAUGAGCUCUUUAGGCGAAAUAGAACUCCAUACCGCAAAUGUUUCAGAAGCUGAGAUUGCAAAGAUAGGCUUCAUUGGUAAUAGGCUUCGACAUAUCCUCAGGUCAUGUAUAGCCGACUUAGAGCUGUCAAAGUCCACACGGUCUGGUCUAGGGAAUGACUUGCUGCAUCUCGCCUACUACAUUUCGUCGAGCGAUGCCCGAGCCGACAACGACAUCAGUUCUCGCCUCAAAUUCAGUAUUGAACAAGCAUGGCGACAACACGCGGGUGAUAAUUCCGCAAGAAGCAACCGCAUGAGACAUCACCUUACCGAUAUAUCUUCAUUUAUGUCGUCAGUAGCUCGUAGCUGUGGUAGAGGACUGAAUUUGGCGUCUCAUAAUUGUUUAGACAUGCUAUUUGGACAGCUCACGGACCUCGGGCUCGACCAGGAAAUCUUGGAUAGCAUGAAGGGGAUAGCUGCUUUUUCGCUUGCGCAGCAGACCAAUAACAUAAAAGAUUUUAUCUACGCAGAAAAACUAGCCUGCAAUCAGCAUUCGGGCGCAGGGGACGGCGCUCGUACGCGACCUCUCUUUUCGGGUUACCGGUGGGAGGAAACUAUAGGCGAGUGGGUUACAGUCAGCCCUAGACGUCUACCCCCGGCCAGAACAAGGCAGCUUCGAUCGUCGUCCAGGUCAGAUAGAGGUCGCGUAAUAGAUGGUGGCGAGCAGAGAGCCACUCAGCCCGGGGUGUCCAUAUAUGGUGAAGCAGAGAGUGUCCCAGGUCUGGAAAUAGAGGGGACAGUGCCUAAGACCCCCGGCGCCGAACACGUCAACACCAGAAAACGUGCGCACUCUUGUUCCCAGGGUGACAAGCCACAAGCGGCUACGGGACCACGCCGAAGCAAAAGCUUCGUCGUUCUACAGGCUGCCAAGCCGGCCCAUUCGUCACUGGAUGACGAGCUCGGCUCCGACAAAGAAAACAGUAACUGUGUUAUUCGUAAGAAACCAAGAAGGAGCAUUGACAAAAAGACCUUGCUUGGCAGCAAAUUGCGAUCCAGCCUGGGGGGUUUAGAUAGCAUUGGUAUUCCCGGGGGCGAUUGUAGUGAUGACGAACUUUGCAUGUGAGAGUCGCUAGCUGCAGGGCUAGGUAUGAAAUGUAUUUUAUAGAGCACGAGAUGACAUCGUUUUCCCAGCAUAAGGCCACUUGGUCGGUUUUUAUUUUCUUUUGAAAAUCUCUCUUCGGACACCAUGGGAUUCGGGAUUGAGGAGAAUAAAGGAUUUUGACAGCUGAGCGCAGGUUAUGGCAUUUUCAACGUGAGCUGCGCCGCUGGAUGGCGUUCGGAUAGACAGGAUAGAAAUACUAAUGAUAUCGAUAUGCACA